AGAGGCGGGGCCUCCGCUCAACGCCGGCAGCUCAGGGUUUAGGAUCCGUUCAUGUGGACGGAGAGAUGGGGACGUGACCGGCCAUUGAGUGCGGCCAGGGUGCCGGUGUCCCCCCCCCCCCCCAUCUGCUCGGUGUGCGGGCUGAGCUUUGAUGGAGGACCACAUGGCGAGGCACAACAAGCAGAAGUGUUAUGAGUGCGACGUGUGUAGCAAGGCCUGCCAGUGCCCGAGCAAGAUGGAGUCCCACCGGCGAAUGCACACGGGAGAACGCCCCGUCGACUGCACGGAGUGGGAAAAUAAUUUCAAGACUGCGAGUGACCUGAAGGCCCACCGGCAAGUGCAUACGGGCGAGAAGCCCUAUGGCUGCAACGCCUGCGGCAAGAGCUUUAUCAGGUUGGCGGGGCUGCGGGACCACCGGCGGGUGCACAGAAGUGAGCGGCCCUUCACCUGCUCCGACUGCAGCAAAACCUUCAAGUCGUCCACGAACCUGAAGGUGCACAGGCGCCUGCACACUGGGGAGCGGCCCUACACCUGCAGCGACUGUGGCAUGGACUUCACCCAGGCCAACGGCCUGCUACAGCACCAGAGCACCCACACCGGCGACCGACCCUACACCUGUUGUGGCAAGGGCUUAACCCAAUACGGCUACCUGCUGAAGCACCAGUGCACCCACACCGCCGAGGGCCCCUACACCUGUGUCCAGUGCGGAAAGGGCUUCACCCAAUAUGACUGCCAGCUGAAGCACCAGCACACCCACACCAGUGAGCGCCCCUAG